CAUUCAUUACCCAACCAUAAUUUUAAUCCCCAAACCACAGCAGGCUUCAUCAGACAGCUGUUGUCUGGUUGCCACAGUGCUCGGUCUCAUCUGGGAAGGCGUGUCACUCUCCGAAUCACUCAGCGGCCCUUUGUCCUCGCUCGGUGUCCAGCCAGCGACACUCAUGGCGGCUGCACCCGUCAGGCAGCGCUCGGGGCCGGGCGGAGCCCGGGCGCAGCUCCCGCCUUGCUAUUACGAAGGCUACCUGGAGAAGCGGGGAGCGAAAGAAAAGGCUUCCAGGCGUCUGUGGACCUGCUUGUGUGGGAAUGCUUUGUAUUUCUUCAACAAUGCUAAGGACAGUCAUUAUGUGGAAAAGCUGGACCUUAGUGGGUUUGUGUCCCUGAAGGAUGACUGCAGCAGAGACAGGAACCUGGAGGCAGCCAGGCUCAUCCUUCGCAUGAAGGAUGGAGAAACUAAACUCUCAGCACCCAGCUUGGAGUCGAGGGAACUGUGGAAGGGGUUCCUCUACUCAGUUAUCGACCUGAACGUGCCGUCAUGCCUCACAUUGCUGCCAGGCCAGCUGCAGAUGCUGAAGGAGGUGGUGGACAAAGAAAGAUCCAGGCGAAGAACUCGCACUCCUAUGCGUGCUCCCCCGUCACCUCUGUCUGUACCCUUAGUAGGAGAGAUCCCACCGUGUUUCCGACCUGUCUCUCGGACAGAAGCUGAAGUCCUCCUGGAGAGACAUCCAGACUGCGGCAACAUGUUGCUGCGUCCAGGCAGAGACGGAUGCUCAUUGGCCGUCACAACACGACAGGACCUCAACGGGUCAGUGUUUAGACAUUAUCGUGUCACUCAGAGGGACCAAGGUGGUUACAUCAUUGAUGUCGAAAAUCCAAUUCCCUGUGCCACACUUCAUGAAGUAAUUGAUGCCCUGGUAGAGAAGACAGCUGGGACGCUGCAGCCUUUCCUCCUAGAGGAGCCUUAUGAGGAGAACAUCACAUACGUUUCCGCCAAUGAUGAAAAUGGGGAAAGGAUCCUCCAUACUGCCCCGUCCAGCCCCCUGCAGAAGGCUCCUCUCUUGCCUCCCAAACAAGAUCGAUGGGCCAGUAACUCCCUCUCCAGGUCCCCUGUCCCAGACCGCCGUAUCCUAACCUCACCGGUGCCGUCAUCGCCCACCAACCCGAUGAGACGACUCAUUCUCUCCCCUUCUCCUCUCACGCAGACACUCAACGAGGAGCUCAAGAUGAAGCUGGAGAAGAGACGAGCCAGUCAGGAGUGACUCCCAUCAUGAGGACUAAUUUUUUAUCAAAGCACAGCCAAAUCUACAGUGCCAACCUUUUACUCACUGCAGCUGGAGAUCCAUCCCGUGCCUUCAAGGUGAAAAAUGUGGCUACAAGCGCCGACACUUUUGGUUAUGGGAGCGCAAGGGUGUUCUCAGUUUGGUUCUUUAGGUUUUGGUGUGUAAUCUUUGGAUUUAAGUGAAACACUGUUUAGUUGAGCACCUGAUUAGAGACACACAGCACCUCAAAGUGAUUCUUUUCCUCACUGAUUAAGGCAGGAGAGCUUCAUUCAGUUUACAAUUUGCCUCUGAGAGGAGAGGAAAAAAGGUGUCAUAAACAAGUCUCCUGAAUGCAUUUCUC